AUGGGCUGCUGCUGCUCCCGCAAGACAGCGUCGGUCGCGAAGAGUGACCUCACGGACACGUUGGCCAACGAAAGAGCGGAACACGAUUGCCCCCUGAAGAUCGAAUCGUUGCAGAAGAAAGAGAAGCAAAAGAAUAAUGCAAAAUCGUUAUUAGUAGUACAAACGGCGGCGCCGACACUGGCAACAUCAACGACACUCGAAAUCCCUGCGGAUGACGCCGCGCGGCCUUUAACCGGGGAUGGCGAGAAUGAGAUGACGGAUUCCAUCACAUGUUCCUCAACAACAAUUGAUGACGUCAGCGCCGACCACAGCGCAUUCCACCGCCGCAUCGAGACGACCACGUCGAGCACCUGGCCCGAUGUGAGCAUGCCCACCGUUAGCGCUCGCCACGACCACCCGCGGACGGUGUCGGAGCUGGAGAGCGAGGAUGACUUUUCGCCGGUGGAGCGCAGCACCUCUACGCUGCAGGAGCGCCGCAUGUCGUUCCUCGCCCGCGAGCGCGAGCGGUCAAUGCUGCGGGAGGUCAUGUCGACGGAGAAUGAGAAGCGGUACGCCAUUGUGGAGUUCUUUGGCAACGCGCGCCGCACCAUCGCUAUUCGUCACUACAAGGGAAUGCUGGCCAUUGAACGGCGUGGGAUGCUUAUAGAGUACUUUGUAGAGCGCUUUGCGCUGCUUCUGUGCGUGACGGAGGCGCAGGAGACCAUCUUGCGCCGCCUGAUUGAAUUUGAGUGUCAGGCGGAGCUACUUCGGCGCAUGCAGCAUCAGCGCGCGGAAAGGCAGCGGCGCAGCUGCAGUACCAACAGCUCCGUUGCUGGUGGUAGCAUGGCUUCUGGUGCUGCAGAGUUGGCCACUACCGAGCCGUCACUGGGAACUGAAGGCGAGGCUCCCGCAGCUGUGAAGGUGGUGUCCACACGCGCCAUGUCGGCACCAAGUGUGUUUCUGCGGAAGCAAAUGCAGCAGCGUCGCAUCAUGGCGCAGUCGCGAUCGCCCUCACCGUCGCCGCUGCGGCGUCGGCUGCUGAGCGGACGGGGGACCACGACACGGCAGGUGGUAGUAGCGCAGCAGCAGAUGUUGCAUACAGAGGCCUCUAAGCGUAUGCAGCUGGAGGAGGAGGAGAUAAUGGAGUGGCAACAUACGCAGCAGUCUUUAGUGCACGGAGUCGAUGCGGCGCAUGUUGAGGUAUGGGAAAGGCCGGCGCGGCGUAUGUCACUCGUUCGUUCAGCUGCAGUGGAAGGUGCGCCGUAUUGA